CGGCUGUGCCUCCUCCCAGCCGGAAGAUGGCAAUACUGUAUCCGUUUCAAGCACUUGAGUUUUUAGACACUCACGUAUCUUACUGUGGACAUGCAUCCAGCUCUUCUGAAUCUUGUUUAUUACGUUUAACUAUUUUACGGAGAAAAACAAUUAAGAGGCGCUUGACAUCUAACUCGUCCGUGUGCAUCUCCGCGGCCAGCAGGAAUCUAUACGAACCAUGUCGGCUGUCUUCUCUUUCCAGACACAGCUCGUCUCCAUCAUGGACGCGUUAUCCAAAACAGCUGUGAUGGAAAUAAGCAAACUGGUCGACAUCGAGUCUAAGAUGCUAAAAAUUGAGAUAACUCGAGGGCGGAACGAAAUUGCCUCGCUCACAGAGAAACUGCAGCUGAUGGAGAAAUUGCUUUAUCUUGCACAGGGGGGCAGGCAGGACGCAGCAGCAUGCUCAGUGCUGAGGAACGGGUCAGAGAAGGGAGUAUUGGAGUCUGGCAGAACAAGACCUGCCAUAAAAAGUGAAAGUCCGUGGGAAAGCAUAAGCUCCUCCAAUGAGAUGAACAAAUGGCGUCAUCUUCAAACAGAAGAACAUGCCAUAACUGAACUCCCAAACCCACUGAGAGAGCAGCCUGAACUGAUAGUGGUAAAAGAAGAGCCGCCAGAGGUGGAAAACAGAGACUGUGAACAAGAAAGGACAAGUGCAAACAGAAGGAAAACCUUCACAGACACCGGGAAGAGCCCAGAAGCGAUGCAGUGUCUCAAACCCGUCCCAGAACGUCAGCAAGUGUUUACAGACAGCUUUGCGACAGUGAGCACCCGGCCGUCUCUUGCUGGACCAGAGAGGAAGGACACACAGUGGAGCCCACAGCUUACACCUGCACACACAGACCUAGUGGCUGGGAAAAGCAUGGCUCAAAAUGUUGCCUCCCAAAGCGUAAGUGUGCUCAGGAAUAUGAAGCUUCACAACUUGAGGAACUCGGCUGCAAAGAGGUUUGGCUGCUUGCAGUGCGGCAAGAGCUUCAGAUGCUUUAGCCAGCUUGAAAUACACCAGAGAAGUCACACAGGAGAGAAGCCGUUCAGGUGCACACUGUGUGGAAAGAGAUAUGCGCAAAAAGGGCAUCUGUACACACACCAGCGCACACACACAGGGGAGAAGCCCUACCGCUGUCCUAUUUGUGGAAAGGGCUUUAUUCAGAAAUGCACUCUCGAUAUGCAUCAGCGUACACACACUGGAGAAAAACCUUUUGUUUGUAUCAAAUGUGGCAAGGGUUUUACCAAGAACUGUAAUCUGAAAAAACAUCUUACAGUACACCUGGAUCCUAGUUUGAACAUGUACGGUAGUAAAUCUAGUGUGCCGACAUUUAGUGGGACAUUCAUAAAUGGAACCACUUAAAACAGCCAGCCGAAUGUAACUUUUGCUGUUUGAUUAAAAUAGUUUGUGCAUAAUAAAUCCAAAUGCAAAUAUGA